UUGCGGGUGACGCUCCGUUGGGGCAGGUCUGCGGGCGCCGGGCUAGGAAGGAGACGCGGCGGCGGCAGUGGGGGAGAACGACUUUCUCAAGGCCGUGUUUGCGUGUUUUGAAGGUGGGGUUCGACGUCUGCAGCCCUCCGGCUGCCAGAAUCGCGCGUUUCCGUCUGUUAGGAUGGAGCACUCGGAACAGGCCUUCUGAAGACAAGAAGGAGAGAGAACAUUGCACACUCAGGAAAAACGCCUUUUGGGGCGGUUCAGGAAAAACGUCUGUAAUGGAUCAAAGGAAGAAUGAGAGCAUCGUCCCCAGUUUGACUCAGCUGGAGGAUUUCCUCACGGAACACAAUUCCAACGUUGUGUGGCUCCUCGUCGCUACCAUUUUGUCCUGCGGGUGGAUUAUUUAUCUCACCUACUAUAAUUCUCGGAAUGUUGGCUUGAUCCUGACGCUAGUUCUGAACAGAUUGCACAAGCGCGGCUACAUCCACAUCGGCUCUUUCUCUUUUUCGGUUCUUUCUGGAAAAGUCAUGGUCCGUGAAAUCUAUUACAUUACGGAAGACAUGUCUAUUAGAAUUCAAGAUGGAUUUGUAAUCUUUCGGUGGUGGAAAAUGUAUAACCCAAAGCAGAAACAGCACGAUCCAAAGGCAGAAACCAGGUUAUAUAUCACAGUCAAUGACUUUGAAUUCCAUGUUUAUAAUCGUUCGGAUCUUUAUGGACGUCUUCAGGAAUUGUUUGGUUUGGAGCCCACUAUAAUACCACCCAAGAAGGAGGAUGAUAAAACCCAGGAUGAUGGAAGAACUAGAACCCAGUCCAAAAUUGAAAGAGUUAAAGUGAAAACAGAGUCCCAGGACCCCACGUCUUCGUGGAGAUCUCUCAUCCCGGUGGUCAAGGUCAACGUGAGCACGGGGCGUUUGGCCUUUGGGAACCACUACCAGCCUCAGACCCUGUGCGUCAGCUUCGACGACGCCUUCCUGACCUACACCACCAAGCCCCCCUCCAGCCACCUGGACCAGUUCAUGCACAUCGUGAAGGGGAAGCUGGAGAACGUGCGGGUGAUGCUCGUGCCCAGCCCCCGCUACGUGGGUCUGCAGAAUGACGAGCCUCCGAGGCUGAUGGGGGAGGGGUUCGUGGUGAUGCACUCCAACGACGUGGACGUCUACUACUACAUGGAUGAGCCAGGGCUUGUUCCAGAAGAAACAGAAGAAAAUGUGGACGGAGAAACCAGCAGUGAGGAUUGUAAAUUACAGGACUUGCCUCCAUGCUGGGGGCUGGACAUAGUGUGUGGCAAAGGGACGGACUUCAAUUAUGGGCCGUGGGCCGACAGGCAGAGAGAUUGUUUAUGGAAAUUUUUCUUCCCACCUGAUUACCAAGUUCUGAAAGUUUCUGAAAUCGCUCAGCCCGGAAGACCCCGGCAGGUUCUUGCUUUUGAACUCCGAAUGAAUAUCAUUGCAGAUGCUACAGUUGACUUGCUGUUUACCAAAAAUAGGGAGACAAACGCUGUCCAUGUGAAUGUGGGCGCCGGCUCCUAUUUGGAGAUCAACAUCCCGGUGACGGUCGAGGAAGGCGGCUACACCCCUGCAAUUAAGGGGCAGCUGCUACACGUGGAUGCCACGACCAGCAUGCAGUACCGCGCGCUGCUGGAGGCGGAGAUGCUGGCGUUCCACAUCAACGCCAGCUACCCCCGGGUGUGGAACAUGCCCCAGACGUGGCAGUGCGAGCUUGAGGUCUACAAGGCCACCUACCACUUCAUCUUCGCACAGAAGCACUUCUUCACAGACUUAAUCCAGGACUGGUCUAGCGAUAGUGCCCCCGACAUGUUCUCCUUUGUGCCCUACACGUGGAAUUUCAAAGUCAUGUUCCACCAGUUUGAAAUGAUUUGGGCUGCUAAUCAGCACAACUGGAUUGACUGUUCCACUAAACAGCAGGAAAAUGUGUACCUGGCAGCCUGCGGGGAGACGCUGACCCUGGACUUCUCCCUGCCUUUCACGGACUUCGUUCCUGCCACAUGCAGCACCAAGUUUUCGCUCCGGGGAGAAGAUGUUGAUCUUCACUUGUUCCUGCCAGAUUGCCACCCCAGUAAGUACUCGCUGUUCAUGCUGGUGAAGAACUGCCACCCAAACAGAGCGGCCCCCGACACCGGCCUUCCUGCAGAGUGCCAGAGCGGCCAGAAAGCCGCAAAGCCCAAGUGGCGCAACAUUACGCAGGAACGGGCCGGCUGGGUCGAGUGCUGGACUGUCCCGAGUGUUGUCCUUACCAUUGACUACACUUGGCACCCGAUUUAUCCACAGAAAGCAGAUGAACAGCUGAAGCAAUCAUUGUCCGAGAUGGAGGAGACCCUGCUGUCCGUGCUGAGGCCGGCCCAGCGAGUGCCCGCCAGAGCCGCCCCUCCGCCCUCCGCCCCACGCCCGCCUGUCGACCCCUCGGAGCUGCCGCCUGAUAAGCUGCACGUGGAGAUGGAGCUGUCCCCAGACUCGCAGAUGACUCUCUAUGGGCCGCUCUUGAACGCCUUCCUGUGUAUAAAGGAGAACUACUUCGGUGAGGAUGAUGUGUACAUGGACUUCGAGGAGGUGGUGUCCAGCCCCGUUGUGUCGCUGUCAAGCUCGUCCAGCUCAGGGUGGACGGCUGCAGGGGCGGAGAGCGACAGGCAGGACAGCGAGAGCUCGGCCAGGUCGCUUCACCCGCUGUCCCUGCGGCCGUGGGACAUCACCGUCCUCGUCAACCUAUACAAGGUCCACGGGCGCCUUCCUGUUCAUGGAACGGCCGACGGGCCCGAGUGCCCCACGGCUUUCCUGGAGAGACUGUGCUUUGAGAUGAAGAAGGGCUUUCGGGAGACCAUGCUGCAGCUUGUGCUGUCGCCCCUGAACGUGUUCGUCAGCGACAACUACCAGCGACCCACCACGGACGAGAGUCUCCGGGAGGGCCACAUCAGCUUGUCUGGCCUGCAGCUGCGCGCCCACGCCAUGUUCUCCGCGGAGGGCCUUCCACUGGGCAGCGACUCAUUGGAAUACGCGUGGCUCAUCGAUGUGCAGGCAGGAAGCUUGACAGCAAAGGUCACUGCUCCACAGCUGGCGUCUCUCCUGGAGUGGGCACAGACCUUUGCGUUCCACGUGGUGUGUCGGGAGUAUGAGCUGGAAAGGCCCAAGUCGGUAGUGCUGUGUCAGCAUGGGAUUGAUCGCCGCUUCUGCGAGGCCAAGCUGAGCUGCGUCCCCGGGCCCUGCCCCCGCUCCGAGGAGCUCAAGUACACCAUGACCCGCGUGGCGCUGGCCGGGGCCGACCUGCACGUGGUGGAGCAGGGCUGCGCCACGAACCUAAAGAUGGGGGCGGUCCGGGUGGCCAACUGCAACCUGCACAGCCCGGCGGUCGGGGAGGGCGUCAGCGCGGCCGUGCAGGACCUGCACGUGCGCCAGUUCGUGGAGCAGCCGAGCAGCCCCCGGGCUGGACUGCAGCCCGCCGUGCUCCGCAGGGCCUGCUGGCUGGAGGCCGGGUCGGCCAGCCUUGGGCUCAUCACCGUGGACGUUGCCCUGGCUGCUGACCACCCAUCCAAGCACGAAGCUCAGCGGCAUUUCCUGGAGACGCAUGAUGCCAGGACCAAGAGGCUGUGGUUCCUGUGGCCCGAGGACAACCUGACCAACAGGCGGUGCAGGAACAAGUGCGGCUGCCUGGGAGGCUGCAGGUUCUUUGGCGGCACGGCCACCGGCCUCGACUUCUUCCGGCUGGAGGAGCUCACCCCAUCCAGCAGCUCCGCCUUCUCCAGCACAAGCACUGAGUCUGACCUGUGCUACGGGCAGUCCCUGCUGCAGCCCGGGGAGUGGAUCGUCACCAGGGGCGUCCCCAAGAUGGCGGACGUUUGUCUAGGUCACGUGAAUGGUGUGAGGGGGCAGGAGUGGGAGAGCAAGGCGGCGGGUGCUGAGGCGGAGCGGCGGGCCCAGCACCUCAGCCUGCAGGUGCCCCUGCGCCCCCACAGCGCGUCCUCGUCCUCGGGGGAGAGCAGCAGCUCGGGCGCUGCGCAGCCCCUGCUGGCCGGGGAGACCGAGAGCCCUGUGUCCGCAGCCGAGGACCCCGCGGCUCAGAGGGGCUUCCCGCCUGCCGCGAGGAGAGACGAGGCCCCCGCCAGCGCUCCGGCAGACGUCUCAGGGGGCAGCCCCGUGUCCCCGCAUGCCGCAGAGAAGUCCGUGGGCCAGUCCCCUCUCCGCUCCCCCCUGAAACGCCAGGCCUCUGUGUGCUCCGCCCGGCUGGGCAGCACCAAGAGCCUCACUGCUGCCUUCUAUGGGGACAAGCAGCCAGUGGCCGUGGGCGUCCAGUUCAGCAGCGACGUCUCCCGGAGCGAUGAGAACGUGCUAGACUCGCCCAAGCAGCGGCGGAGCUUCGGCUCCUUCCCAUACACACCGUCGGCCGACUCAAGCUCCUUCCACCAGUACCGCUCCAUGGACUCCAGCAUGUCCGUGGCUGACAGCGAGGCCUACUUCUCCGCCGCUGAGGAGUUUGAGCCCAUCAGCAGCGAUGAGGGCCCUGGCACUUACCCGGGGAGGAAGCGGAAGAAGCGGCAGGCCCAGCAGGUAGACUACAGCCGGGGCUCAGUCUACCACAGUGUGGAGGGGCCCCUGACCGGCCACGGGGAGAGCAUCCAGGACGGCAGGACGCUGCCCUUCAGGGCACACCCCUCUCAGGCCUCCUUCGUGUCUGCACUGGGAGCCGAGGAUGACCUGGCCGAGCGCCUGCACGUGGCGGAGGCUGAGCGGCCAGAGGCUGAGCAGGUGCCGCCCCAGCAGCCGGCCCGGAGCUGCUACCAGACCUACCUCAGCCAGUUCCAGGUGGUGAACUGGGCAGCGAGGCACCCGGCCAACAAGCGGACCUCCAAGUCCUCACUGCACCGGCCCCUGGACCUAGACACGCCAACCAGCGAGGAGAGUACCUCGUCCUGCGAGCAGCUCUCCAUCCCCAGCUUUAAGGUCAUCAAGCAGGGGCUCACAGCUAACUCCUUGCUGGACAGAGGGCUGCGGUUCUCGGGACCCACGCCCACGACGCCAUAUACUCCUCUGGAAAAGAAAGCUGUCGAUGACUCGGAAGACGAGGCGCUGGCGGGAGAGUGGGGCCUGGGGCAGCCGGCGGCCCAGGCCAGGACGGCAGCCGUCGUGGAGGUCAGGGGUGCCGUGGACGUCGUCCUCACUCCCCUGGUGGCGGAAGCUCUGGACAGGUACAUUGAGGCCAUGGCUCACUGUGCCAGCGCCCGGCACCCGGCCGCCAUUGUGGACGACCUGCACGCCAGAGUCCUCAGGGAGGCCCUCCAGAACAGCACCUUCUCGGAACACUUGUCUUCCAAGCAAGACAUUAGAGGAACAAAAACCGAGCACCCCACCCCCCUGGGAACAACUACCCAAGGACCAGCGCAGACCCCACUCUCAAGGAAGCAAGACAGCGUGACCAUCAGAGGCCUCCAGGCCAACGUCAGCAUACCAAAGGUGAACUUGUGUUUGCUGCAAGCCUCUGUGGAAGAGCCUCCAGGUGCAGCCCCCGGCCGGGCCGUGGCUCACGUGUCCCUCGUGGCCCUGUGUUUCGACAGAAUCACUACGCAAGUCCGUAUGAACAGCGGCGUGGUGGAGGAGGCUCCGACCAGUGCCGACCCUGCUAGGACGUCCGAGUUUGGAGGGUAUGUCCACGCCACCAAGAUGCAGCCUCAGUCCUCCGGGUCACUCAGGUCAAAUGCUGGAGCAGAGAAAGGCAUGGAAAUCGCAGCCAAGCUGAACAUCCACCGCGUCCAUGGGCAGCUCCGGGGGCUGGACACCACAGGCGCCGGCACCUGUGCCAUCACCGCAAUUCCCUUUGAGAAGUCCAAGGUCUUGUUCACGCUUGAGGAGCUGGAUGAGUUCACGUUUGUGGAUGAGACAGACCAGCAGGCUCUUCCCGACGUCGCUCGGAUAGGCCCCAGUCAGGAGAGGUGGGGCUGGAUCAUGUUCGAGUGUGGGCUGGAAAACUUAACCAUAAAAGGAGGAAGACAGUCGGGCGCUGUUCUGUACAAUGCUUUUGGCGUCAUGGGCCAGGCCAGCGUCGCUGAGAGGGGCGGCGCUCCGACACCCAGCGGCUCCUCUGACUCGCCCACGGGCAGUGGCUACAACACCGACGUGUCUGAGGACGCUCCUCCCCGCGGCCGUGCCAGCCCCCCGUCCGGCCCGGACGGGGACUCUGCUUCAGACGAGCAAGACGAAGGAGUAGAGUCUGACGACUUGAAGAAGGAUCUGCCCUUGAUGCCGCCGCCCCCCGACUCCUGCAGCAUGAAGCUGGCCAUCCGGGAGAUCUGGUUCAGCUUCGCGGCCCCCACCAACGUGCGCGCCCCGGCCCACGCCUUCUCCAGGCAGCUAAACCUCCUAAGUACGGCGACACCGGCCGUCGGGGCUUGGCUUGUCCCCAUCGACCAGCUCAAGUCGUCGCUGCACAGGCUGGAGACGGAGGGCACCCUGCGGGUCUGCGCCGUCAUGGGCUGCAUCAUGACUGAGGCGCUGGAGAAUAAAAGCGUGCAUUUCCCCCUGAGAAGUAAGUACAACAGGCUCACGAACGUCGCCCGCUCUCUCCAGGAGAACCCCUCAUGCCUGCUGUGCAGCAUCCUGCACCACUACCUGCACCAGGCCCGCCACUCAGUCAUCGAGGACGCCACCACGAGCGACGGGCUGCCUGCCUUGGUCACGCUCAAGAAGGGCCUGGUGGCCCUAGCCCGGCAGUGGAUGAAGUUCAUCGUGGUGACCCCAGCCUUCAAAGGCGUCAGCCUGCACCGGCCAGCCCAGCCCCCGAAGCCGUGCUCCGGCGGGGACCGGGAGCCCGAGGAUGGGCUUGGGCUGGACAGUGGGGGCGGCCUCCAGAGCGACACCAGCGCCGACGGGGCGGAGUUCGAAUUUGAUGCAGCCACGGUCAGCGAGCACACCAUGCUGCUGGAGGGCCCGGCCGGCCGGCCGCCGCCUGGAACCUCUGGGCCCGUGAGCGGGGCCGAGAUCAUGAGGAAGCUUUCCAAGACGCACACCCACAGCGACUCUGCGCUGCGGAUCAAGGGCACCCACCCCUACCACUCGCUGAGCUACACCAGCGGGGAGACCGCCACGGACUCACCGGCGCAUGGCGGGCGCACCGGGGCGCCAGCGAGGGAGAGCCCCAGGAAGGAGAGCCUGCUCAGCUACCUCACAGGCAGCUUCCCUAGCCUGCACAACCUCCUGGAGGGGACACCCCAGAGGGGGGGCACAGCUGGCCGGAGUGGCUCGCUCACCAGGACAGGAGCCACCCUGGCCACGGACAUGCUGUCUGAGCACCCGCUGCUGUCCGAGCCGUCAUCCGUGAGCUUCUACAACUGGAUGUCCAACGCCGUGGGUGGCCGAGCGGGCCCUGCGCAGGAGUCCCCCGCCCCCAGGCCCGGGCACAGCAGCCUCCCCACAGGUGUGGCGCCCAAUCUGCCCACAAUACCCUCGGCCUCAGAUUUCAACACCGUGUUGUCCAGUGACCAGAACACUCUGGACGGGACCCAGUCUCAGCACAGCACGAGCCAGGACGACGUGGCGGGGGUGGAGGAGGCCCACCCCGGCUUCCCCGCGGUCCAGCUUGCCGAUGCCCAGGUGGUCUUCAGGCCCCUGCUGAGCCACACGGGGAUCCAGGCACAAGACGCCGCACCGCUCUGCUGCCGCGUGCACUUCGGGGAGCACCUGUCCUUCUCGGGGGCGCUGGACUGCCUGCGGGCGGACAUCGUGGACUCGGACACAGCCAAGGAGAGGAGGGGCCGGAGAGCCCGCAGGCCCGGCCACGUGAACCUCCCCCCGCUGGAGUUCAAGCCGGCCCUGAUGCUGGAGACCUUCAGCCUCAGCGCCAUGGUGAUGGAGAAGUCCGUGUGCGCCCCCCGGCCCUCCGCCCACGCCCUGACUUUCCACGACCUCAGCAAGCGCCACCACAGCACCUUCCACUGCAACUUCACCGUCUCCUGCCAGUCCAUCAGCCAGCACGUGGACAUGGCGCUGGUGCGCCUCGUGCACCAGUUCAGCACCAUGGUCGACGGCAUCAAGGCCACGCAGACGGACAUCAAGCUCAGCAGGUACACCGCGGGGUCGGCCUCCCCGACGCCGACCUUCCGGACCAGGAAGCACCGGGACUUUCGCUCCUCAGACUUCAGCCGCAGCUCCCGGGGCAGCCUGAACGGCGGCAACAGGGCGGGCAACGCCAAGGGCAAGCGGGCCCCCGCGGAGAGCAGCAGGAAGGAGCCGCGGGGCAAGAACUCCCUGGGGAGACCCGAGCGGAGAACUUCCAAGGUGUCCAGGAAGGGCUCCAAGGACGUGGUGGACCACAUGGCCAUCCACAUGGACGACUCGGACUCCAUCACCGUGUCGGAGCAGAGCGAGCCCUCGGCCGAGUGCUGGCAGAACAUGUACAAGCUGCUCAACUUCUACUCGCUCAUCUCGGACCCCACGGGCAUCCUGGAGACGUCCUCGGAGACGUUUGGGCCCGCGGGCGUCCGCAGCCCCACGGAGCCGCCGUGCAGAGUGGUGUUUGAGGACGAGCAGGACGGUGGCAGCCCGGCGCGGGCCCAGCGGAAGCGCAGCGCGGCCUCGGCGGAGCCCCAGCACGUGACGCUGGUGGUGUUUGGCAUCGGCAUGGUGACCCGCACCCACCUGGAGGCCGACAUCGGGGGGCUGACCAUGGAGUCGGAGCUGAAGCGCAUCCAUGGCAGCUUCACGCUGAAGGAGAAGAUGAAAGACGUCUUGCACCAGAAGAUGACGGAGACCUGCGCCACCGCGCACAUCGGCGGGGUCAACAUCGUGCUGCUGGAGGGCGUCACGCCCAACAUUCAACUGGAGGACUUUCCUACGUCUCCCACGAGCACAGCCAAGCAGGAGUUUCUGACCGUGGUGAAGUGCAGCGUCGCCAAGUCCCAGGCCCUCUACAGCGCGCAGCGGGGGCUGCGCACCAGCAACGCGGCGGUGGCCAAGGUGGGGGCGGUCAGCGUCAGCAUCCCGCAGCACCCCGCCACGCUGCACGGCAUGAUGGUGCGCAGCUCCCACCAGCUGUCCCAGCAGAUCUCCGACCUGCUCCGGCCGCCCUCCGCCGCCCCCCCGCCUGUCAGAGAUGACAUCACAGCCCCCCUGCCUUCGGAAAAGACCCCAACGAGCAUCAAUCAAACCCCCGUAGAAACAAAUGAGUUUCCUCAGCUCCCGGAAGGCCUAGAGAAGAAGCCCAUCGUCCUCAAGUUCAGUGCCAUGCUAGACGGGAUCGCCAUCGGGGCGGCCCUGCUGCCCUCCCUGAAGGCCGAAUACAAGAUGGGGCGGAUGCGCAGUCAUGGGGUGACAGGUGCCCAGACCAGGUUCACGUUCGAGCUGCCGAACCACAGGCUGCGCUUCACUUCAAAAGUUUCUGCCACAGACCUGUCGACCAUCCCGCCUUCCGCCAGCCUCAACCUGCCGCCCGUCACCAUGUCGGGCAAGUACGUCAUGGAGGAGCAUGACGGCCCCUCCGACCCGGCCUGGAGUCUGGACGAGCUGCCGCCCAAGCAGGGCCACUACCUGCAGGGCAACUACCUGCGCUGCGUGGCCGAGGUGGGUUCCUUCGAGCACAACCUGACGACGGACCUGCUGAACCACCUGGUGUUUGUGCAGAAGGUGUUCAUGAAGGAGGUGAAUGAAGUGAUCCAGAAGGUGUCAGGUGGGGAGCAGCCUAUUCCUCUUUGGAAUGAGCCUGAUGGGACAGCAGAUGGAGAAAAGCCAAAAAUUCUACUCUAUUCUCUGAACUUGCAGUUUAAGGGCAUCCAGGUCACGGCUACCACACCCUCCAUGCGAGCCGUGAGGCUUGAGACUGGGCUGAUUGAACUGGAGCUUUCAAACCGACUUCAGACCAAAGCUUCCCCGGGGAGUAGCAGCUACCUCAAACUCUUCGGCAAAUGCCAAGUGGAUUUAAACCUGGCACUCGGGCAGAUUGUCAAGCACCAGGUUUAUGAGGAAGCCGGUUCUGAUUUUCAUCAAGUUGCCUAUUUUAAGACCAGAAUUGGGCUGAGAAAUGCCCUCCGAGAGGAAAUCAGUGGCUCCUCAGACAGGGAGGCUGUGCUCAUCACCCUGAACAGGCCGAUUGUAUACGCACAGCCCGUUGCCUUUGACCGAGCGGUGCUAUUCUGGCUGAACUACAAGGCUGCCUACGACAACUGGAACGAGCAGCGGAUGGCCUUGCACAGGGACAUCCACGUGGCCACCAAGGAGGUGGUGGACAUGCUCCCCGGCAUCCAGCAGACGUCCGCCCAGGCGCUCGGGACACUCUUCCUGCAGCUCACGGUGAACGACCUGGGCAUCUGCCUGCCCAUCAGCAGUGCCGCGCAGUCCACGCACCCCGGGGACCUGGACACGGGCUCAGCACUGGUGCUGACCAUCGAGAGCACGCUCAUCACCGCCUGCUCCUCCGAGUCUCUGGUCAGCAAGGGGCACUUCAAGAAUUUCUGCAUCCGCUUUGCCGACGGCUUCGAGACGUCCUGGGACGACUGGAAGCCAGAAGUUCGGGGGGACCUGGUGAUGAACGCCUGUGUGGUUCCAGAUGGCACCUACGAGGUCUGCUCCAGGACAGCGGGACAGGCGGCCGCCGAGAGCAGCAGCGCCGGCACCUGGACGCUCAACGUGCUCUGGAAGAUGUGCGGCAUUGACGUGCACAUGGACCCCAACAUCGGCAAGCGGCUCAGCGCCCUGGGCAACACGCUGACCACGCUGACGGGCGAGGAGGACGCCGACGACAUCGCCGACCUCGCCUCGGUGAACAUGGCUGACCUGUCGGAUGAGGACGAGGUGGACGCCGCGUCCCCCACCACCCACGCGCGCACAGAGGGAGGCCCGGCCAGUGGAGACGGCCACAAGCUCACCUUCGGGCAGCGUCUGGUGAACCACCUUCUGGGCCUGCGGCCCCCGCAGCAGCGCCUUUCUGUUCCUGCAGAGCUUCUGUGUGGCCCCGAGGCACGGGGCCCCCCUGAGGGGGGCCAGACCCACGAGAGAGCAUGCAGAGCCCACUCCUGGGGAAAUGAAGCCGCGGAGUACCGCCGACCAGGGGCUCCUGGCAGCCAGGCGGGCGAGCUGCGGGGGAGGAAGGCCGUGAAGCGUGUGGUGGACAUCAGGGAGCUGAAUGAGCAGGCCAAGGUCAUAGAUGACCUCAAGAAACUGGGCGCCAGCGAGGGCACCAUCAACCAGGAGAUCCAGCGCUACCAGCAGCUGGAGUCCGUUGCCGUGAACGACAUCCGGAGAGACGUCCGCAAGAAGCUGCGUCGAUCCAGCAUGCGGGCCGCUUCCCUAAAGGACAAGUGGGGUCUGAGCUACAAACCAAGUUACAGUCGAUCGAAAAGCAUUUCCGCGUCUGGAAGGCCCCCCCUCAAACGGAUGGAAAGGACAAGCUCUCGGGCGGGAGAGACAGAGGAGCUCCCUGAGAUCCGUGUGGACGCUGCUUCUCCCGGGCCCAGGGUCACUUUCAACAUCCAGGACACGUUGAAAAAAACAGUAUGGGAAAGCACGCCACGAUCCAGCGUUUCCGGGGAAGGGUUUCCUCAGUUUCCAGAGGAGACAGAGCUGGACCUUCUGUCCGUGACCGUGGACGGGCCCCCCCACUACUCGUCCCACAGCGAAGGGUCGUGCUCCGUGUUCAGCUCCCCGAGGACCCCAGGGGGCUUUUCCCCAGGCCUUGCCUUCCAGGCUGAAGAGGGCCGGCGGGACGACAGCCUGUCCUCCAGCAGCGAGGACUCCGAGCGGGACGAGGGCCACGAGCGGGAGCGGCGCUGCAUUUACAGGAAGCCCUCGCACGCGAUGCGCAAGAAAGCAACGGGCUUCGCUGCCGUCCACCAGCUCUUGACGGAGCGCUGGCCCACGGCCCCCGCCAGCCGCAGCCUCGGCGGCGCAGCCACAGAGAGGAACAUCGACUUUGAGCUGGACAUCCGGGUGGAGAUCGACAGCGGGAAGUGCGUGCUGCACCCCAGCACCCUGCUGCAGGAGCACGACGACAUCAGCCUGCGCAGGAGUUAUGACAGAAGUUCCAGGAGUCUAGAUCAAGAUUCUCCCUCAAAAAAGAAGAAGUUUCAAACUAAUUAUGCAUCCACCACCCACUUAAUGGCUGGCAAGAAAGUGCCAUCCUCACUGCAGACAAAACCUGGUGACCAGGAGACCACGGUGUUCUACAUCCCGGGGGUGGACGUGAAGUUGCAUUAUAAUUCCAAGACUCUAAAGACCGAGUCACCCAACACCUCCAGAGGAUCUUCCCUGCCAAGAACGCUCUCCAAAGAGUCCAAGCUGUCUGGUAUGAGAGACACUGGCGCGCCUCCUCCUCCUCCUCUGCCCUGCACUGUCCAGAGCAAGACUCACACCUUACUUCCUCCCCCACCCCCACCUCUUCCCGCAGCCAAAGGAAAAGGGGGUGCAGGGGUGAAGACAGCCAAGCUGUAUGCCUGGGUGGCCCUGCAGUCAUUGCCAGAGGAGAUGGUCAUCAGCCCCUGCCUGCUGGACUUCCUGGAGAAGGCUCUGGAGACCAUCCCCAUCACGCCCGUCGAGAGGAACUUCACGAUCAGCUCACAAGAUGAGGACAUGGGGCACUUUGAGAUCCCGGACCCCAUGGAAGAGUCCGCGACCUCGCUGGUGUCCUCGUCCACGUCCGCAUACGCCUCCUUCCCCGUGGACGUGGUGGUGUACGUUCGCGUCCAGCCUUCACAGAUCAAGUUCAGCUGCUUGCCCGUGUCGCGCGUGGAGUGCAUGCUGAAGCUGCCGUCCCUGGACCUGGUCUUCUCUUCAAACCGCGGGGAGCUAGAGACCCUGGGCGCUGUGCACCCCGCGGAGGCGUCGUCCCCAGCAGGCGCCGCAGCUCAGAGCGGGACCAAGCCGUGUGCCAGCAAGAGUGGGACGCCAGGCUCCUCGGGACCGGGCAGCCCCCUGGGCAGGAGCCGGCACAGCAGCAGCCAGUCAGACCUGAGCAGCGCCAGCAGCAGCUCCUCGGGGCUCAGCUUCACGGCCUGCAUGUCGGACUUCUCCCUGUACGUCUUCCACCCCUACGGGGCCGGGAAGCAGAAAACGGCCGUCUCUGGCCUCACAGCCGGCUCCGGAGGCCUAGGGAAUGUGGAUGAAGAGCCCACUUCGGUCACUGGCCGGAAAGACUCUCUCAGCAUCAACCUUGAGUUUGUGAAAGUGAGUCUGUCCCGCAUCAGGCGGUCCGGAGGCGCCGCGUUCUCAGAGGGUCAGCCCUCGGGCAAGUCUGCAGGCAAGGUGGACACCACGCUGAUAAAUAUAUCUGCUGUCUGCGACAUCGGGUCCGCCUCCUUCAAGUAUGACAUGCGCCGGCUCAGCGAGAUCCUGGCCUUCCCCCGGGCCUGGUACCGGCGCAGCAUUGCGCGGCGCCUCUUCCUCGGGGACCAGACUGUCAACCUGCCAGCGUCAGGCCCGGGGACGCCCGACUCCGUCGAGGGGGUGAGCCAGCACCUUUCCCCAGAGUCGUCGAGGAAAGCCUACUGUAGGGCCUGGGAGCAGCCCAGCCAGUCGGCCUCCUUCAGCCACACGCCUCAGUCGCCCAGCGUGUUCGGCGAGCACGUGGCCGGCAGCACCAUGUCGCCGGGGACUGCGGCGCAGAGCCUCAAGUCCCCCGCACCCACACGAUCCCGGAGCGUGUCCGACUCCUCAGUUCCCCGCAGAGAUUCGCUUUCAAAAACAUCAACUCCUUUCAACAAGUCAAGCAAAGCAGCGAGCCAGCAAGGGGCCCCGUGGGAGACACUGGUGGUGUUUGCUAUCAAUCUGAAGCAACUGAACGUCCAGAUGAACAUGAGCAACGUGAUGGGGAACACGACCUGGACGACCAGUGGUUUGAAGAGCCAGGGCCGCCUGUCAGUAGGAAGUAACCGGGACCGCGAGAUCAGCAUGUCAGUGGGCCUGGGACGGUCACAGUUAGAUUCCAAAGGUGGGGUUGUCGGAGGGACCAUCGACGUGAACGCUCUGGAGAUGGUCGCGCACAUAUCCGAGCAUCCAAACCAGCAGCCCAGUCACAAGAUCCAGAUCACCAUGGGCUCCACCGAGGCGCGUGUGGACUACAUGGGCUCCAGCAUCCUCAUGGGGAUCUUCAGCAACGCCGACCUGAAGCUCCAGGACGAGUGGAAAGUGAAUCUGUGCAACACGCUGGACUCGAGCAUGACCGACAAAAGUGAAAUUUUUGUCCAUGGAGAUUUGAAGUGGGAUAUUUUUCAAGUGAUGAUAUCAAGAUCAACUACACCAGACCUGAUAAAGAUAGGAAUGAAGCUCCAGGAGUUUUUCACACAGCAGUUCGACACCAGCAAACGAGCCCUGUCUACCUGGGGACCGGUCCCUUACCUCCCCCCCAAGACAACGGCCACCAGCCUGGAGAGGAGUUCUCAGGAGCAGUUGCUGGACGCAGCUCACCAUCGACACUGGCCAGGAGUCCUGAAGGUGGUGUCGGGAUGCCACAUCUCCCUAUUCCAGAUCCCGCUCCCCGAAGAUGGGAUGCAGUUUGGAGGCUCCAUGAGCUUACAUGGGAAUCACAUGACACUGGCUUGUUUUCAUGGUCCAAAUUUCCGUUCAAAGUCCUGGGCCCUUUUUCAUUUAGAAGAACCAAAUAUUGCUUUUUGGACCGAAGCUCAGAAAAUCUGGGAAGAUGGCUCCAGCGAUCAUUCCACGUAUAUUGUGCAGACACUGGACUUCCAUCUAGGCCACAAUACCAUGGUCACCAAACCUUGUGGUGCUUUGGAAAGCCCUAUGGCCACAAUAACCAAGAUAACCAGGCGCCGUCACGAAAACCCACCCCAUGGAGUGGCGAGUGUGAAAGAGUGGUUCAAUUAUGUCACAGCCACGAGGAAUGAAGAGCUAAACCUACUUCGUAAUGUUGAUGCUAAUAACACGGAGAGCAGCACUGCUGUGAAGAAUUCUAGUUUGCUGAGUGGAUUCCGAGGAGGUUCUAGCUACAAUCACGAGACAGAGACUAUCUUUGCGUUACCACGGAUGCAGCUUGACUUCAAAUCCAUCCACGUUCAAGAGCCACAGGAGCCUUCGCUACAGGACGCCACCCAGAAGCCCAAGGUGGAGUGCAGCGUGGUGACGGAGUUCACUGACCACAUCUGCGUCACCAUGGACGCCGAGCUCAUCAUGUUCCUUCAUGACUUGGUGUCUGCCUACCUGAAGGAGAAAGAGAAAGCCAUUUUCCCACCACGGAUUUUAUCCAUGCGACCAGGACAAAAAAGUCCUAUUAUUCUACAUGACGACGGUUCCUCUGAGAAAGACAGGGAAGAUGGGAUCACCUACACCACUGUGGACUGGAGAGAUUUUAUGUGCAACACGUGGCAUCUGGAACCCACACUCAGAUUAAUUUCUUGGACUGGAAGAAAGAUCGAUCCAGUAGGUGUUGAUUAUAUUCUUCAAAAACUGGGCUUCCACCAUGCCAGGACUACUAUUCCUAAAUGGCUUCAGAGAGGCGUCAUGGACCCACUGGACAAGGUUCUGUCAGUUCUCAUAAAAAAGCUCGGUGCUGCACUACAGGAUGAAAAGGAAAAGAAAGGAAGAGACAAAGAAGAACACUAAAAAGCGACUUGAUCUGUGAACAAAUUAUGAUUUUGUCCGUUAAGUUUUAUUACACUAGUGUUUUUUCUUUGUACAGUAAUUUUAAAUAUAACUUAAUUCUGAUUUUGUGGCCAGUACAUUACAAAGUUUAUAAGGCAACUCAUUCGAGCCCCGCCAUGAAGUAUUGCAUGAUAACGUGCGCUUGUGAAUGACUAGAGUGAACCCUAUAAAUCUGGUGGGUUUCUAACCGUAUUAUGUGCAAUAUGAUUCCUGCAUCUUUACAAUAUUUUCAGAAUAACUGUGAAUUUCCUGUUAUUGGCCAUAACUUUUAGGAAGAAAUCCUGUUGAUAAUCAUCUUUCGUUGCUUUUUUUUAAGUGUAGACUUGUAUAAAUACCUACCUGUACAUAGUUUGAGUAAUUGUAAUUGUGAUAUGAUUAAAUAUCACUGUUGUUUGUAAUAAAGCCACAAUAAUUGGUUUCAGUCUAUAGUUGAAUUUUUC